GAUUACACGGGCGCAUCGUCAUUGCUUCUUGCAUCUGAGGAAAUGAUGACGAUCGAUGUCUUUCACCUUUUUGUGCACCCCAUGAUUUCUCGAAAGACCUGCUUGAUGUCAUAACACCGAAAGAUUGCAGAUCAGAGCAGAAGCCCAAGGGGGUUUGGACUUUGAAGGCAUCAAACGGAUGGAAGCAAGGAGGUCGAGAUAUGGAAGAUGAAGAGAAAGUGGCUCACUCCAGCAGGGUCUUCCCUUGCUUGUUCUGCUCGAGGAAGUUCUACAGUUCCCAGGCGCUGGGAGGCCACCAGAACGCGCACAAGAAAGAGAGGACGCAAGCAAGGAAGGCCAAGAGGACAUCGGAAUUCAUAGCGAGAAACUUCUCGCCCCCGACCCCGCCCAUGAUCCUCUCUCAGAACCGUCACGUAGGAGGGCUCCUGAGCCCUUCCGUUUCCGUCUCCGCUCAUGCCCAUUAUUUGCCCGCUCACCACGCGGUGCCUUCGGACAUGUUCGGAACCAACACCGCACCUAGGUUCGACGCUGGCGGUCUCGUCACGUACGGCGGGGUUUGCUCCGGUAACGGCGGGUUCUGUCCUGAAGACAGUGACCCGAGUUUGCUCAACUGGCAAAGGAGUGCCAUGAGGUGCGGUGGCGUCGACGGAGGGAACCUGUCCCAUCAUGAAGCUGAUCAAGAUCAGGCCUUCGAGACUCGUGACAAUGACAAAACUAAAAACCUUGAUCUGUCUCUCCAUUUGUAGAACUCUCCACGACCGAUUUCUUUGGGCAGCGGAGAGAGAAAUUUUGGCGGAUUCAAUUUUUUUUUUAUUUUCAUGGUGCGCUUCAGUUUCUCGAGAGAUCUUGGAAGGAGUUGGGUUGGGUUCCCAUUUUGUUUUUUAGAAGAAAUAAGUCGUUGACCUACUCCUCCUCUAUGCCAAUUAAUGCAAAGAACAUAUAGUUCAGUUGA